CACGGCGUGGUGGUAGAGUUCGAGUGCGUGCAUCCCGACAGUACGAAACCCAAGCUACACGAUGUCCACGUUGUCCUGGAGUCUAAAGAGAGCCUCACGGUAACAACGGGCAUCACCUGCGAACGAGUCAUACUUGUGAUAAAGGUGAAGAGGCCAAAUGACGCUGACAAAGCGAUGCAUCGCUACAAUCUUCUCGUCGAAAAGCUGAGUGGAAAGCUCAAGGUCUGCUGCAUCAGCACGGAGCAACUUUUCGUCGUGCGCUUCGUUCAGCGACCCGACAUUAAGGUCUCCCUGCAGUCGGGAACUGGAGAAAACAAGCCACAUUCAGUCGAUCAACGAGCUCUGGACGACAUCAUCCUCGAAUCGGUGGUGGACGCUCUCUCGUACACCGUGACCGACCUCUCCUGCUCCGGCCAGAAGGACUUCCCCAACUUCAAGCACAGGGAGCCGGUCUCUGAGAUCAUUCAGCACACCCAGCUCGAUCAAAUGAAUUCGGUGCCUUCGCUGGCGAAGCAUGACCAGCGGCUUUUGGUGAAGGUCAUCAAGGCAUCCAACUUGGCUGGCACAAAGGGUUGCAAGGAGGUGUACUGCGUAGUGGAACUGGACGAGCCCCCGCACCGCUGCACCACGACCUCGGCCAAGGAGACGGCCAACCCGUUCUGGGAUGAGCACUUCCUCUUCACCCUCGACCAAAAUUCGUCGGAGGUGCUCUUUGAGCUCUACGACAAAAGCAAGCCUGCCGGGGAAAACUUCCUCGGCCUUGGCAUUGUGGGCAUCAGCGAGCUCAGGCGGGUGCCGAGUCAGCGCCAGAUCAUCACCCUGCAGUCGCGGCCUCUGGAGUACGACAACAUCACUGGCUCCCUAACUGUAGAGUUUCUUUACAUGGAGGGGUCCCAGAUCCCUGUGACGGCAGACUCUCAGAUGGCGACGGAAUUCUCUCAACAAAAUCGCAUCGUGGAAAAGAACAGCCGAAUCACUUCGGAUGGAAGGGUCAUCACCACAACUACCAUCAAGCGAUCGCCGACGACUGAGACUAAAACUCGACACCUCGAGAGACAAGCGGUUCUCGCCAUUGAGGAAAAACUGAAGCUCCUGGAGCAGUCUCCGCCCAAACCGCUCGACGAAUCCAUGGUGGAGUUUCUCCGGAGUCAGAUUUCCAAUGGCUGCUCCGGGGCUGCCCCGGUGCACCAGGCGCAGCGUGAUGGCCAUUUUUCCGACGGUUCGGCGGACAUGAUGCCCUCCGCACACUCUCCCAUUUUCCCGGAAGCCUCUUCUCAACCUUUGUUUGCGAAGGAUUGCGAUGACUUGACAUUGUUACCGUCGAACAUGUCAGGUGGAUCUCCAAAGCAAGAUGGCUGCCGAAGAGACGCUGCAGACGCCGACAUCCCGCCUCCGCUGCCGUCUUCCCCGCCGCCGAAUGUGUCUGGUCGGCAGAGGAUGGCGAGUAGCUCCACCGACGACAACAGCAGUCUUGUGGUUGGUGGAGAGUUUGCUUCGCAAGGUCCAUCUACUACGGAUGGUCUUCUAAACGGAGAGAGGCAAAUGGUGACCGUCGUUCUAACGGCUUCGCCGCAAACGAAAACUAGCGAGAAGUCCGUUCUCGGCUCCUCGUCCGAAUCGACGACCAGCGAUUGCGGAGACCUGUAUCAAAAUGGGGCUGCACGAAGAUGGGUGGAGCCAGAAGUGGAUGGUUCGUACGGCAAGGAACCAAGGAACUCUGGCGGCUUUCCAUUUCCAAGGGCCGACCAAAACGGGAACAUUAGGCACGAUGAUGGAAGCUCCCUGACGGAAGCGGCGCUCAAGGAGUUGGAGGCCAAGGGGAGAAGCCCGACUGCCACCAAGAGCACUCUCAUCAUCCACAGCGUGCAGAGGGAAGUUGCCUGCCCAAGCUUCAAGGUGAGAAUGGACAAGAAGGGCCGUUGGCAUGAGGUUUCCCAGUCGGAUGAGACUCCGCUGUCGAUAUCGCCGAGUAGUCUACGAAAACAAGACCACAACUCGGUGGAAAGAAGCGCUUCCUCUUCAUGCAGCGAGGCUGAAGGUGAAGGAGCCUUGGAAAAACCCAAGAAGAGGACAUUGUUGGGCAAGAUCCGAAAGAGGUUGAGCUUCAAGAAGAACCGCUCCAAGUCCGUGGAAGUCCGUCCGGAUGCCGAGUCUGCGAGUCGGAGCAGCAGCCGCAGCGUCUCCACCGACCGCGCUAAGUCGGUGCCGCUUGGAAGUAAGUGUCUUCCUCGAUCUGUAUUGUUUGAACUGCUGUACCUUUGCAUUUCAUGCACAUUUUGUAGUGAGAAAGCAUGCGUGGGACAAUUUGUGGGUGAGCCUUUACAAGCUGUAUGCAGCUUGGCUUGA